GUCUGGAAGAGUUACGAAAUAGCUACAUUAGCUGGAACAACCGAGUCUCUGAACCCGGACCGAACCUGAAGCAGAGAUUCCAUCGGUCCACUCCACCCGCUGGAGGAAGCCGGCCCUUCCCACUGUCUGCUCCAAGCUACUGAUGGCCUGGUUGUCAUGACGCCGUCCUUUCGUGCCCGCCCCCUGCUCCCUCUGCUGGAGUCAGCAGUCCUGUCCCGGGUUUCCGUAAUGGGACUCCUCCCCCGCAGAGGGGUGAAAACAGAGGUCCCUGCUCCUCAACCGAGCCCUCAGGGUGGUGUGGAAGUUCUGGGGUGCUCCUACCCGUGGGACGACCACACAAACGUCACGGCCAAGAUCCUGUCCAAAGUGGGCCGGAACCUGCACAACCAGGCCCACCACCCGCUGUGGCUGCUGAAAGAGAGGGUGAAGGCCCACUUCUACAGAACCUACACGGGUCGGCGCAGGAACCCCGUCUUCUCCGUCUUCGACAACCUGAGCCCGGUGGUGAGCGUGGAGCAGAACUUUGACAGCCUCCUGAUCCCCCCGGACCACCCCAGCAGGGAGACGGGGGACAGCUACUACCUGAACCGGACUCACAUGCUCCGAGCGCACACCUCCGCACACCAGCGCGACCUGGUCCGCUCCGGGCUGGACGCCUUCCUGUUAGCGGGAGACGUGUACCGCAGAGAUGAGAUCGACGCCAGCCACUACCCCGUCUUCCACCAGAUGGAGGGCGUGCGCCUCCUCUCCGAACACCAGCUGUUUUCGGGCUCGGAGCGCGCUGGGCCGAUGUCCCUGUUCGAGAAGGGCGGCCAGCGGACUCCACAGAAGCAGGAGACGCAUUCGCUCCACGUGGUCCGGCUGGUGGAGACGGACCUGAAACAGUGCCUCACCAGCCUCGUCACACACCUCUUCGGUGAAGAUCUGGAGAUCCGCUGGGUGGAGUGCUACUUCCCCUUCACCCAUCCGUCCUUUGAAAUGGAGGUGCGUUUCCAGGGCGACUGGCUGGAGGUGUUGGGGUGCGGGGUGAUGGAACAGCAGCUGCUGAACUCAGCCGGGGCUGAACACAAGAUGGGCUGGGCUUUUGGGCUGGGCCUGGAGCGGCUGGCCAUGGUUCUGUACGGGAUCCCCGACAUCCGGCUGUUCUGGAGCGAGGACGAACGCUUCCUCAAACAGUUCCUCCUGCCCCACAUCGACCAGGCCGUCACCUUCCAGCCUUUAAGUAAAUACCCCGCCUUGCUGAACGACAUUUCCUUCUGGCUGCCGUCAGGGGCGUACAGUGAGAACGACUUCUACGACCUUGUGAGAAGUAUCGGAGGUGACCUGGUGGAGAAGGUUUCAUUGGUUGACCUGUUCAUCCACCCAAAGACUAAGAAAGCCAGCCAUUGCUACCGCAUUGCCUACCGGCAUAUGGAGAGGACGUUGAGCCAGGAGGAAGUGCGUGUGGUCCACCGGGCCAUCGAGAGGGCGGUCGAGCAGGAGCUGGGGGUGCAGGGCAGGUACUGAGCCCGGAGCGGUCCAGCCACCCUGUCACAUCCCGCCUGCUCCUCCAUCGGCCGCACGAAGGCCUCAUCCCCCGCCCAGCCCUGUCCCCCUACGCCCUGUCCCAUCCCCUACACCCCGCCCCAUCCCCCUACGCCCUGUCCCAUCCCCUACGCCCCAGCAUGUUCCCCUAUGCCUUGUCCCAUCCCCUACGCCCCGCCCGUCCCCCUACGCCCUGUCCCACCCCCCUACACCCCAGCAUGUUCCCCUACGCCCUGUCCCACGCCCCUACACCCCAGCGUGUUCCCCUGAUACAGCGGCUGUGCAGAAUGACGCAGCUCCAGCGGUUCCGCACUGCGAGGGCGAUGCGGGUGAUUUAACGCUGGAGUCAGGCACCGGCACCCGGCCUCCAUAGGAGAGGGCGACAGGUAAAUAAAGCAUGAAAGCAGCCCACCCCGUUGUGUGUAAUUUCCCACACACUGUUUUUCUGGAGAGCUUGAUUUACUGACCAGGGCAGCUCAGAUGUCAUUCGAACACUUAUUGUACUGCAACGCAGAGGAAAAACCCCGCCGACCAGGGUAAUCUUUGUGGAAAGUGAAAGACCA